GCCCUUUUUUCCUUUAGGAGAAGGGCCCACGGACCCCUCCUGGGCGCCAUGGACUCCUCUGCCGCGGCCUCGUCCUCGUCCUCGGCGGGGCCCCUGGCGGUGGUGCACGUGGCCUUCCCGGAGGUGACGGGGGCGCUCCUGGAGAGCCUGAACCAGCAGCGGCUGGAGGGCAAGCUCUGCGACAUCGCCAUCCAGGUGCAGGGGAGGGUCUUCCGGGCGCACCGGGCCGUGCUGGCGGCCUCCUCGCCCUACUUCCACGACCAGGUGCUGCUCAAGAACAUGACCUCGGUGGUGCUGCCCAGCGUCAUGGACCCCGUGGCCUUCGAGGCUGUCCUGGGCUCGGCCUACACGGGCCACCUCAGCAUGGCCGCCGACGAGAUCGUCAACUUCCUGACGGUGGGCAGCGUCCUGCAGAUGUGGCACAUCGUGGACAAGUGCACCGAGCUGCUCAAGGAGCGGAGGGGGGCGCUGCUGCUGGGGUCGGCCGCGGCCCCCUCCUCGUCCUCCUCUUCUUCCUCCCUGGCCCCCUCCUCCUCCUCCCUGGGACCCUCCUCCUCCUCUUUUCGGGCCCACUCCAGCCGCACCAGUGAGAACCAGUCUCCCAGCAGCAGCAACUACUUCAGCCCCCGCGACUCCUCGGGCGAGGGCGGCCCCUCCGAGGCGGGGAAGUACCACCCCCGGGGGCCACUACUCGGGGGCGAGCGCGAGGCCUCAGAUGACCAUGACGAGGAGGUGACGGCCAUGGCGGUCUUCCCGGGGGGGCAGAAAGACCCUUUUGGGGGUGGGGGCAGCAGCAAGUUCAUCCUGGAGAUGGAGGACGACGAGGGCAGUGACGGCGGGGAGCCCGGCUGCAGCGUGCCCCCUGGGGGCCCCCGGCGCCCACCCCUCCACCGCCCGGCCUACCUGCGCCCCAGCAUCGUGCCCCAGCGGCAGUGGGUGUUCGUCAAGAAGGAGCGCCCCCAGGAGGACCUGGUGCUGACCUGCGAGGAGGAGGACGAGGACCCCGUGGAGGAGGUGGAGGUGGGGCCCGGGGCCCCCGAGUCAGCCGGCCUCAGCAUCUCCGACGUCCGCACGCUCACCGGCCCUGGGGGCAAGCUGGAGGAGCAGGUCAACUUCUGUGAGUCAUCGGAGGACUUCCCCUCGCCCUACGAGGCGGCGCUGCAGGAGGAGGCGGGGGCGCUGGGGCUGGGGGCGCUGGGCCUGGGGGGCUCCUCCUCCGCCGCCUCCUCCUCGGGCGCCCCCUCCUCCUCCUCCUUUUCGGGGCGAGGGGCCUCCCUCCUGCCCAUGGACAUGCAGGGCAACCACGUGGUGCUCUUCCCGGCGGGGUCCGGCCCCUCGGCGGCCGCAGCGGCCUCCUUGACCGCCUCCGCCUCGACGGUGGAGCAUGGGGCGGUGCAGCUGGCGUCCGGCUCGGGCGGGGACGGCAACAAGAUCUUCAUGUGCCACUGCGGCAAGGCCUUCUCGCACAAGAGCAUGCGCGACCGGCACGUGAACAUGCACCUGAACCUGCGCCCCUUCGACUGCCCCGUCUGCAACAAGAAGUUCAAGAUGAAGCACCACCUGACCGAGCACAUGAAGACCCACACGGGCCUCAAGCCCUAUGAGUGCGACGUCUGCGCCAAGAAGUUCAUGUGGAGGGACAGCUUCAUGCGCCACAAGGGCCACUGCGAGCGCCGGCACCGCCUCGGCCCCGGGGGCAGCAGCGCCGGGGGAGGGGGAGGAGGAGGGGGCACCAAGAAGGAGGGGUCUCCCUCCCCUGCAGCAGCCGAGGCCGAGUGGGGGGGCAACGGAGGGAGCGGACCCCCCGGGCGGUCACCCCGGAGCGAACUCGGAUUUGCCCCCGGGAGCAGCAAGAUGUGAACCCCCACCCUUCGUUCCUUCCUUGGAGGGCUUUCUUGCAGGGACCCUUUCUCUGCACAGCCCCCUCCUCAUCAUCGGGGGGGGGCAGCAUGGACUGGAUUCGGGGAGGGGCAGCCCGUGGACCCUGUCCUCCCUCCGUACU